AAACCUCUCGAAACCCAUAAAAGCCAUCGUCGGAUUUUCUCUCUGUUUUUGAUAAUUUUCUCGGCGUGAAAUUCGGAAUGGACGGCGGCGGGUCGGAGCAUCAGCGGGGCACAGUGACGUGCGGGUCGUGGAUCCGGCGGCCCGAGAAUGUGAAUUGGGUGGUGUUGGGGACCAAACACUCGAGUUCAUCUCCUUGUUCAGUUCUCACCGUCUUCUCCUUCGACCCCAUCACCAGCUCUCUCUCCUCCUCUCCUCUGGCGAGUUAUGUGUUUGAAGCGGUAAACGGUGAGCCUGUUGCGAUUGCGGUGCACCCGAGCGGAGACGACGUCGUUUGCUCAACCUCCAACGGUGGCUGCAAACUGUUUGAGUUAUACGCACAAGAUUCAAAUGUAAAGCUAUUGGCAAGAGAAUCAGUUCCCCUGCGCGGAAUUGGUCCACAGAAGUGUCUAGCUUUUAGUGUUGAUGGGUCUAAGUUGGCCACCGGCGGUGCGGAUGGGCAUAUGAGAAUUUUUGCGUGGCCAAGUCUGUCCAUAAUUUUAGAUGAGGCACACAAAUCUGUCCGCGAUAUGGAUUUCAGCUUAGACUCAGAGUUCUUAGCUUCGACAUCUACUGAUGGCUCAGCAAGAAUAUGGAAGACAGAAGAUGGUGUUCCUGUGGCUACUUUGACUCGCAACUCAGAUGAAAAGAUUGAACUCUGUCGCUUUUCUAAGGAUGGGACAAAACCCUUUCUAUUUUGCACGGUUCAGAAAGGUGAUAAAGCUUUAACUUCAGUUUGGGAUAUAAGUACAUGGAAAAAAAUUGGACAUAAAAGGCUACUCAAGAAGUCUGCAGCGGUUAUGUCUGUCAGCAAGGAUGGAAAAUAUCUGGCUUUGGGAAGCAAAGAUGGAGAUAUAUGUGUGGUUGAAGUGAAGAAAAUGGAGGUUUGCCACUGGAGUAAGAGGCUACACCUGGGAACUUACAUUGCCACUUUAGACUUCUGUCCCACUGAAAGGGUUGUGCUAACCACCUCUAGUGAAUGGGGAGCGGUGGUCACCAAGUUAAAUGUUCCUGCAGAUUGGAAAGAGUGGCAGAUCUAUUUGGUGCUUUUAGGGCUGUUUUUGGCUUCUGCCGUCGCAUUUUACAUCUUCUUUAAGAAGUCUGACAAUUUUUGGAACUUCCCUCUUGGUAAAAAUCAACCAGCAAGACCUGAGUUCGGGGCAUUUCUGAAAGAUUCGCAACCUUCAGAUGAUAGAAACAUUUGGGGUCCUGUAGACAUGUGAGAAUUUUUAUCCUACUGUGUCUACCGACCAUGCAAUUGCAAUGUAACAUCAGCAACUGAACACAAACUAACCUCUUGUGGGACACUGUUUGUUAUUUGUAGUAUUCAGAGUGUGUUAUUUGUGAACUUCUUCGUUCAAUUGUGAGGAAUUCUUGAUUA